GGCCUGGAGAACCACCGCUUCAAGAGCUUCAAGAAUAAGGGCCGCGACGUGGAGACCAUGCGAAGACAUAGAAAUGAAGUGACAAUUGAACUUAGAAAAAACAAAAGAGAUGAACAUCUUUUGAAAAAAAGAAAUGUGCCCCAAGAAGAAAGUUUAGAAGAUUCAGAUGUUGAUGCUGACUUCAAAGCACAAAAUGUUACACUAGAAACUAUAUUACAGAAUGCUACUAGUGAUAAUCCUAUUAUCCAGCUAAGUGCUGUUCAAGCUGCAAGAAAACUAUUAUCAAGUGAUAGAAAUCCUCCUAUUGAUGACUUAAUAAAAUCUGGAAUUUUACCAAUAUUGGUUAAAUGUCUAGAAAGGGAUGACAAUCCUUCCUUACAGUUUGAAGCUGCUUGGGCCUUGACUAACAUAGCAUCAGGCACUUCUUUACAGACUCAAGCUGUUGUACAGUCUAAUGCAGUACCUCUCUUCUUAAGAUUGCUCCAUUCACCACAUCAAAAUGUUUGUGAACAAGCUGUUUGGGCCCUUGGGAAUAUUAUUGGUGAUGGUCCUCAGUGUAGAGAUUAUGUCAUAUCACUGGGAGUUGUCAAACCUCUUCUAUCCUUCAUCAACCCCUCCAUUCCCAUCACUUUUCUCCGGAACGUCACAUGGGUCAUUGUAAAUCUCUGCAGGAAUAAGGAUCCCCCACCACCUAUGGAGACAGUUCAGGAGAUUUUACCAGCCUUGUGUGUUCUGAUAUACCAUACAGAUAUAAAUAUUCUUGUGGACACUGUUUGGGCUUUGUCCUAUCUCACAGAUGGUGGGAAUGAGCAAAUACAGAUGGUGAUAGAUUCAGGGGUAGUACCUUUUUUGGUCCCCUUGCUGAGCCACCAGGAAGUAAAAGUUCAGACUGCAGCACUGAGAGCAGUUGGCAAUAUAGUAACGGGUACUGAUGAACAGACACAAGUUGUGCUCAACUGUGAUGUCCUCUCCCAUUUCCCAAAUCUUUUGACACAUCCUAAAGAGAAGAUAAAUAAGGAAGCUGUAUGGUUCCUGUCCAAUAUUACUGCAGGAAAUCAGCAACAAGUUCAAGCAGUAAUUGAUGCUGGACUUAUCCCUAUGAUAAUUCACCAACUGGCUAAGGGUGACUUUGGCACUCAGAAGGAAGCUGCCUGGGCAAUUAGCAACUUAACGAUAAGUGGUAGAAAAGAUCAGGUUGAAUAUCUUGUACAGCAGAAUGUAAUCCCACCAUUCUGUAACUUGCUGUCAGUGAAAGAUUCUCAAGUAGUGCAGGUGGUUCUGGAUGGCCUGAAAAAUAUCCUAAUAAUGGCUGGUGAUGAAGCAAGCACAAUAGCAGAAAUUAUAGAAGAAAGUGGAGGUUUAGAAAAAAUAGAAGCACUGCAACAACACGAGAAUGAAGAUAUUUAUAAACUAGCAUUUGAGAUAAUAGAUCAGUAUUUCUCUGGUGAUGAUAUUGAUGAGGACCCCAGCCUCAUUCCUGAAGCAACGCAAGGAGGUACUUACAAUUUUGAUCCAACAGCCAAUCUUCAAACAAAAGAAUUUAAUUUUUAAGUUCAGGACAAUGCAGCUUGUCUACCCUGCACCAGUAAAAUAUACAACCAGAUGUCUACCAUUGGAAAAACAGGCUCCAAGCACAUGCCCCUUUGUCUGAUGCUUCUAAAAGCAAGUUGUAUAUCAGUCACAUUGCAGUUGCCAAAAGUACCUGUCACAUGGACUGUAAAUGCAUAUGCAUGAUCUCGUACACUGUUCAAUUUUUUUAACAGUCUCUGCUACCUUUCCCCUGACUUUUUUUUCCUUUUCCCCUGAGGCCACAAGCUGAUAACUGCAGUCUACAGUUUUAAGAAUAUCUUUUUGUGGUGGCACAUUGGCUUCCCACACAAGAAUAGCUUUCUUUGGAAAAUAGCGUGUUGUGGAUCAAGACUCUUUAGUAUGAUUUUGGAAGACUUCUGAGAGGCCCAGUCUAUUUUAAUUUUUUUGAGCCUCAACUGUUGUCCUCUACAAACAUAUUUUCAUAUAUUUAAUGUGGAAGAAUAAAUAAAGGAAAAGCAAGUCAAAUUAUUUUCAUUGGUGAAACUGACAUUAAAAAAAAACUUCUUAAAAACUUGGUAAUUAAUUGGUUUAAAAACAGACUACAUAUAUCAGUAAUUGUGUUCAUUACUGCCUUAGAAGCUUGGGCUUGAAGAAUGAACGUUGUAUUUGGACUAAUAAAAGGUGACCAUUAUACCUAAUUUCUGAGAACAGCAAGCUGUACUUGACCACUCUUCAGCCUGUGUGUUCCUGCUUUUUUUGAAAUUAUGAAAUGCUGUGCAUGGUAUUUUACCUGAGCUACCACCUGUUAUGGACUUGAACUUUUUGUUUUAAGCUGAAAGCAAGAGUCCAGCAUUAAAGAAACAAAGCUAUUCCAAAUCAGCAUUGGUUGACAAGAAUCUUGCUUUCAUCUUUCAGUAGUCAAUAUAUUUUGGGUUUAAAUUUAUAACUGAAUAAUGUUGAUUUAUAUUGGUUUAAACUGUGGAGCUUUCAUGUUUACUGUAAUUUAGUCUUAAACUAUUUUUUUACUUACCAGUGCUUACGAUGAUGUGGUUGGCAACAAACUAGCAACUAUUUUAGAAGCACCAUAAUAGCUUCUUUUUGGAGUAUUGGAAGAGUUAUAGAAAAAUAGUCUAUAAACUUAUUCAUAUAGUUAAAAUACAUACUAGUUGUGUGAGGCUUUGUGGAAGCUGCUAUUAUUCAGCAUAAGCAUAAAUGUGCAGCUCACAAUGAAUACAUUUACUUGAGCUGGUAACUUGGGAGUAAUGGGGAAACUAUCCAUCCUGGCUCUUCAGAGGAUUUAGGAUUGCUGUGGGUAAACAUGAAAUUUAAACUGUGUAAGCUAUCAGACAAACUGAUAUUGUUGCUGUUGUUCACUGGAUGUACUUUCCUCCCAAUGCCUUGAUGUGAAGGGAUACAAAACGUAAAAGUAAUGUAGUUAUUGGAUGUGGGUUGUAUUUACUGUGAUGAAGAUACGGACAGAUGCCAUGAAGAAAGCUUUGUUGAUCAGCUGUUUUUCCACAAUUAAGCAAGACAUUGCAGGUGUUCAUUCUUUUACUAUAUCUGCCAAGGUAGAGCCACUUUAAAGAGUGAUCUUGUAUCGCGAAGGAUACAAGUAUGUGUUUUAAAGUGCAAGAUUUUUACUUGCUAGAUAAUCUGUUUUAAUACAGUGUUUUGGCCUCUAUUUAUAGAUUUUAUAAAUUUUAAAAACAGUUUCUCUUUAAGGUGGCUCAGACUUUUCAACUCCUGUGCACAUAACAUUGAGUUGAAGUUCAUUGUGCCUUUUUUCUUUACCCAGACAUUAAGUUAAUUUGGUAACUGUAUCCUAUUAACAUUAUAGUCUAAAAUUCUGAAAUUGUGCUGUUUUUGCUGAAAACUAAGUAAAAAGAAAAUCAAAAUUAGAUUUUGUCAGUUUUGGGAACUUCAAAGCAGGUAUGCAGUUAAUAAUGUGAACAAAUCUCCCUCUUUGUAAACAGUAUCAGUAUGCCUAUAUUCUUUUGUCUUAGAUACUUCACUCAAAAUAAGACUGAUGAUUUUUCACUACUGUGAAGAAUGAUUUUUUUUUCUUGCACUCAGUGCAUCAACUUAGAGAUAAACAUAGGAAAAUCAGUUUAGAACAAUAACUUGCCUUUCUCUCAGUUCAUUAUCACCUUAAUAGCUCUUGAUAGAGAUUCAACCAUUUUGUAUUUUAUAAAAGGGAUGAAGGCCUGGAUUUAAUUAUCCUGCUGCACAAGAGCAGAAGUUACUUGAAACUGUGUUGAGAGAAUUGCUGUUUUUUUUUUUCUCAUCUGUUCUUCUCUCCCCCCUCCUUCCAUCUACAGUCCCCAGAAAGUGGUGCUAGAGGGGCAGGAGACCCUCCAAAGCUGCUUUUGAUAGGAGAUGUAGAUAGUGGGAAUUGGCAAUACAAUCUCUAACCCCAUAUGUGAGUUUCUUCCAUUUAUGCCAUGGAAUGGGGUCUUUAUAUUCAAGCUAAAGUAUAUUGCUGCACUUUUAAGUUUUCAGAAGUGUUUUAAAAUUGUAUUGUGUUUAUUAUUUUUUUAACUCUCAGUUAAUAGAGUAAAUUGUUCCUUCAAAAGAGGCAUCUAAAUGUGUUCUUAAUUUUGUAUAUGGGCUUAGGUUUUAUAACCAAUAAAAAGCUGCUAUCAAAUAUUAUAAAUAUGUAAGAUCUUAUUUUGAAAACAGUGAAAAUUCAUCACUGUUUAGUUUGGGAAGGGUUCCAUUUCUUUGAUCGUAUUUGAGUUAGAAGAUGCCUUCAGUGACCUAAUAACAACCUCUAAGUUUUUAAAAAAACAACUACUAUUUGAAGGGUAUCACAAUAUAAAAUGAGCAUUAGUUUUGAAUAUUCCUCACAAAAAAAGCUUCAUAUUUGAUCCAGAUCUUUGCUCAGUGCCUUCUUAAGAUUAUGAGUCUGUUGAUCCUGAUAAAACUUACGUUUUUAGAUGUAUUAUCAAAUUACUUUACCCUCAGGGUUUGUUUUACAAUAAGAUGACAACAGCAGAUAUGUUUUCUUAAAAUUUUACCUAUAUUAAUGUUUUUAUUUUGCCCAACAAGUCUAUAAGUGAUGGUAAGAUUUAAAUUUACUUGAAUUUACUCUCAGUGCUUUACAUGAAGUGGAAGACAGAGAACCAUUUUCUAAACAUCAGCUUUGCUUGAACAAAAAUUAUUAGAAUAGUGCUACUGUAAUAAUAGUGUUUAAUAACGUUUGAAUGAUUGCAGAGAUUUGUAUAUCACCCUGUCUCAAGACUCUAGGUAGUUUUAGUAGAUAUAAAACAUACAAUAAAAUCAAUUCCAGAUAAAAAAUAUGCUAAUUACAACAACCAAAAUGUUAGAUAUAAAUAUGAAACCAGCUGUCAGAAAGCUCAAGCACCCACCAGAAUAACUGCUUUACUCAUUUUCCUAAAACUCAAAAGAGUGCUGACAGUAACAGAGAAGGCCUGUAUGCAGGCUCUUGUUCUCCUCUCCUCACCUCACCUCACCUCACCUCGGGAGGGAACUUAGAACAUUCUCCCAGGAAGACCACACCAGAUCGGCAGAUUCUAUUCAGAAGGGAUGGUCCUGAAAGUAAAAAUUACUGAAGCCAUGUAUACAUUAAUACCAGAAGUUUGACUUGAACUCAGAAACUUCUUGGCAACCAGUGUAGGGUCUACAAACAGGUAUCAUAUUGCUAAAGGAACUUUCAUCCACCGGUAAGGGGCCAGUUGCAGCCUCAGAGUGCAUUGUAAUAGUCUAAUCUCAAAGUCAUUUAUGGCCCUCUGGAAACAUACAAUAUCUGCAGUGGUUAAGAGUGACAGCCUAUUUCUUAAAAAGCCCAUUGCCUUGGAUUUUUAAGAAGUAUUUUUCUGGUGAAGUUGAACUGUUGGUUUCAUGCGCCAGAGAGAAACUACAGUAUGGCCUUAGGACUGCAGUGCAUAAAUGCUUGGGCCAGUGGUAGUGCCUUGUGUUGCCAAAAAAACUCUGCUUCACUUUCCUGCAUGUUUGAUACUUAUAAAACAAAGGGUUACCUCUAGAACAUGUUAAACAAAGAAAUGGCUGAACAGUAAUUUAGCUAAGGCUGAACCUCAUGGUUCAAAAUUCAGCCUUCAGGGAGCCUCCAAUUGACCCAAGAGUAAUGGGGAAAUGGUAAAAAGCCUGCUGUUAAUACUUUGGCUGAUGUGGGCAUGCCAGGACCCAGUGGAGGUUGCCACAGCAUCUUUUUUAUUAUUUUUACUCUUAAAAUGCAUUGCGGUUUUCUGCCAGAGAAUGUUUAUUUCCAUGCUGAUUCAAGAUUGUGUAGAGUCUUCUUUCCCAAAAGACCAUUGAGAACAGAAUUUAAAACUAUCUAGCUGUACCACAGAGCUGGAAAAAAGGUAAGGAGGCUUAUAUAUACCUAAAAAUACAACUGCUAAGAACUCUCUCCUCAGUAGGAAAAGUGAAAGAAGCAGCCAAAGAAUUCUCUCUCUAGUAAGCUGGUAGCUUUUCCGGAUUGAUUGUUGAGUCAACAUUGGCUCCUCUUGAUGCAUCAACCUAUGGCUUUCUGAUGAGAGAGUGGGGAAGGAGAGGUUCCCAGCUUGGAAAGGGAGUGGCUGGUUCUCUUUAUGGGGGGGAAUGUGUUUGUUUUAUAUAUGUUGUAAGGAGCCCUACAAAAAUAAAAUGCAAUAAACCUGGACAAGAAUCUCCAUAAGAAA